AUGUCUCUUAAUAAAAAACAAAAAAGGAAUUCAGCAAGUAAAUCAUUGUUAGAAAUAGCACAAUUACAAUCUAGAGCUUCACGAUCUACUGAAAACAAACUUUCUCAAAUGUUGACAUGUACAUCUGUUAAUAUUACUUCAAAAAAUACAACUGAAGAUGCUUCUUCGAAAAAUACAACUGAAGUUACUACUUCAAAAAAUACAACUAAAGCUACUACUUUGAAAAAUACAACUGAAAAAGCUGCUUCGAAAAAUACAACUGAUACUAGAGUAUUUCACAAUUUAGAUGAUUUAACUCUUAACGAUGAGGAUUUAAUACAAAAGACUAUUGUGAUAAAAGUGGUGAAGACUCUCGCUAUGACAUUAGCCAAGAAACUCAUAGUAAUCUUGGUGACUAUGAUAAUAUUGGAGACUUUUACGAAGACUAUUAUUCACAGACUAGAGAUAAAGACAA